GGGAGGGAGAGAGGGGGUUUGUCCCGGUCAAUGUCGGUGGGUGUGCACUAGAUUUCGACACCCUCCACACCACCACCGCCCCCAUCCCCCCUCCCAUCGAGGGUGGACUGCGCCUCGGAGGGACAUCAGGCGUUUUUAGGAGCUGGUCAAGUGACAGACACAAACACACACACACACAGAGCUGCACUGGCUAAGUUCAGACAAGUAAAGUGAGGGAGCAGCUUCGUGCUGUGGCUAGCAGUGCAUUGAUAUUUACAAGCAUCCAGUAAAGGCAAAAAAGCAAACAAACACACAGACGGCAAAUAAAACAUCCGAGGACGAGGAAAUGUUGCAGCAGAAGCAAAUGGAUUUAAUUGCGAUGAUUUUAGCUUUCAUGAUCUCUGCAAAACCAGUCUUAGGGUUUGGAAUGGACCCUGACUUGCAAAUAGAUGUCACCACAGAGCUGGAGCUAGAUAAUGCAAGGACGGGAGUUGCUCAGGUACCGGGAUUAUAUAAUAACAGCAGGGCGUAUUUGUUUCAAGAUGUGGAGAGACAAAUACAGGCGGCUCCACACGUUGCGGAGAAAGUGAUUCAGCUGCUUAGAAAUAAAAGCGAGUUCACAAUUGUAGCCACGGUCCAACAAAACAUUUUGACGUCCGGGGUCAUCCUGUCCAUCCAUGAGUCUGAUCUCAGGUACUUUGAACUGGAGAGCAGUGGCCAAAGGGAUGAAAUACGAUAUCACUACCGUUUCAAUGGUAAACCCCGUACUGAGGUGUUCCCGUAUCGACUUGCUGAUGGACUAUGGCAUCAGAUAGCACUCUCGAUCAGUGCUUCCCAUCUCUUGUUACAUGUGGACUGCAACAAGAUUUAUGAACGUAUCAUUGAUCCUCCACAGACCAAUCUCAAACCAGGAAUCGGUUUAUGGCUCGGUCAACAAAGCAGUAGACAUGGGCUGUUUAAGGGCAUUUUGCAAGAUGUCAAAAUCAUCUUGAUGCCUAACGGAUAUAUAAUACAGUGCCCAAACCUUAAUCGCACAUGCCCAACUUGCAGCGACUUCCUUAACCUGGUGCAAGGCAUCAUGGAUCUCCAGGAGCUUCUUGCAAAAAUGACGACAAAAUUAAACUACGCAGAGGCCAGGCUGAGUGAGCUAGAGAGCUGUUACUGUGAGAAGACGUGUCAGGUGAACGGGGAGGUCUACCGCAGCAUGGAAUCCUGGGUUGAGAAGUGCAAAAACUGCACCUGCAAGAAUGGAGCCAUUGAGUGCAGACAAGUUACAUGUCCCCAUUUAAACUGCCCACCAGAUUUUCGGCCAGUGUACAGAGUGGGCAAAUGCUGCAAAGAAUGUCGACCCGUAUGUCUCUAUGGGGGUCAGAAGCUGUCUGAAGGGCAGCGAGUGCUGAAAAACAACUGCCGGGAGUGUCGGAACCGGACAAUGGCCAUUGUUCAUGAGACAUGUCCAUCUUUGGAUUGCCCAUUGAAUGAACAAAUUCAGCCUGAAAAUAGCUGCUGUAAUGUAUGUCAUGGCCAUGAUUUCUGUGCAGAUGGACAUCAGUGUGGUGAAAACUCUGAAUGCUGGAACCUGAACACACGAGCGAUAUGCGUGUGCAAGAAUGGUUUUGCUCCCAUCCAGGGUGACACAGCUCAUUGUGAAGAUAAGGAUGAGUGUGCAAAUGGCACAAGCUACUGCCAUGCAAACACUGUGUGUGUGAAUUUGCCUGGAUCAUAUCGCUGUGACUGUCUCCCAGGAUACACCAGAGUUGAUGAUUACUCCUGUACAAAGCGCGAUGAAUGCAGAAACGGACAGCACAGCUGUCACGAGAUGGCGAUUUGCAUGAACACAGUCCGAGGUCACCGCUGUAUCUGUAAGCCUGGCUACGUGGGCAAUGGAACCAUCUGCCGAGCAUUCUGUGAGGAAGGCUGCAGAAAUGGUGGAAGCUGUGUUGGCCCGCAGAUGUGUGCUUGUCCCCCUGGAUUCACUGGACGCGGCUGUCAGAUAGAUAUUGAUGAAUGCGUCGAAGGCAUCAUACAGUGCCAUAAACACGCCCGAUGUGUAAAUGUACCGGGAUGGUAUCACUGUGAGUGCAGGGCUGGUUACCAUGACAAUGGCAACUACUCAUUCACCGGAGACAACUGCAUCGAUAUCGACGAAUGUGCCUCAGGGAUACACAGUUGCUGGAAUGACUCGGUCUGUGUGAAUCUUGACGGAGGGUUUGACUGUCGAUGUCCUAUUGGUGAGCACUGCACUGGAGACUGUCCCCAUGAUGAAGGCUUGAAGCGUAAUGGACAAGUCUGGACCUUGAGAGAGGAUCGGUGUUCUGUCUGCUCAUGUCAGGAUGGGAAUAUUUUCUGUCGAAGGAUUGUAUGUGACUGCCGCACACCAAACGUAGACCUCUUCUGCUGUUCAGAAUGUGACACUAGAGUGACCAGCCAGUGCCUGCAUCAGAAUGGACACCUGGUCUAUCGCAGUGGGGACAUCUGGACCUAUAAUUGCCAGCAAUGCCGAUGUUUGCAGGGAGAAGUGGAUUGCUGGCCUUUAUCCUGUCCGACACUCAGCUGUGAGUACACAACCAUCCCAGAGGGAGAGUGCUGCCCACGCUGCGUGACUGACCCCUGCUUAGCCGACAAUGUGGUCUAUGACAUCCGACGGACGUGUACAGACAACCACGGAAUAACACGCCUGAGUGGCUCGAUAUGGACCAUGGCUGGGUCACUCUGCACGACUUGCAAAUGCAAGAAUGGGAACAUUUGCUGUUCAGUUGAUGUGGACUGCCUCUACAACAACUAAUGCUCUUCCUGCGGACUGGUCAACGUCCUGUACGGAUGGUGCAGGUCGUCACUGCAAUGUACAUCCAAGAAGGCCCUCACAUUGUGGAACCAAAAGCUACCAAAUGGAGCAAGAUUUCCAAGAGUUUUGUGUCGUUGAACUAUCCUGCACUUUUGUGGCUGUCCAGUUCGAAAUUUUUCACUUUCAACUCAAGAUUUGGAGCUUCCAUUAUCUUUCUGUCAGAA